CUCACCUGAUAUCUCGUUGUUUUCAACAAGAAACAGGUUCUCGUCUGAGAGGCUGUCAAUCGUGUCCCACCUUCCCGCUGAACAGACCACACUGUCAAUCACAGGAUGUUGUGGCUCCGUACAGUGUCUUGCCUUCUCCUGUCAAUCAUCUCAGCGAGGGGCGUGGCCUCAGAGUGCAAGAUGACCGAUGAAGAGUGUGAAUUCUAUCUAAUCAUUGACCAACGUAUGACAAUGAUGAAAGGGUCCGAGGCCGUUUUCCCCGAGGGAGGGAACCUGUAUAAGUACAACGUCGUCAAUACGUCAGCCUCUGCGCCAGAGUCACCACUUGGGGUCAUCCAGGCCGACGGCUUCGAAACACAGCGAGUUGUCACGGUGGCCAAUGGCUCCAUGCCCGGACCUGCUAUCGAGGUGUAUGAAGGUCAAACUGUUGUCGUCCAUGUUAAGAAUCACCUCCACAAUGAGGGCUUAUCAAUCCACUGGCACGGUCUUCACCAACAAGGUACCCCACACAUGGACGGCGUGGCCUUCAUAACGCAAUGUCCUAUACUUCCGGGUCAAGAGUUCACCUACAAGUUCAAAGCCAAACCCAAGGGCACUUUCUGGUAUCAUUCACAUAUGGGAAACCAGAGGACCAUGGGGCUUCUGGGUGCGCUGAUCAUCAGAGAGAAGAAGCCUCCAGUGAUGGAGGAAAUGGUAAUGGUGCUACAGGACUGGAACCACGAGGAUUCGAUGACCGUCCUUCUGAAAAUGAUGUACGGAUCAUUUGAAAACAGACAAAAAGUUCCAACAACGGAUUCCCUUGACGGCUCCCAUUUUAGCCGAUACACAAUGUUGAGCGGGCUGAUAAACGGAAAGGGUCGACUAUAUGAUAAAGCCGGAAAGCACAAUGGAGCCCCGCUUACUACCUUCGAUGUAAAACCAAACAUGCAGUACAGGGUCCGGGUGAUCGCCGCUGGAAACCUCUUCCCAUUCAGGGUGUCCGUGCAUGGUCAUGAACUGACAAUCGUGGCGUCCGACGGGUAUGACCUGCGUCCAGAAGUUGCGGAGUCCUUCGUCAUCAACCCCGGUGAGAGGAUGGACUUCAUUAUCAACACCACCAACACAGUCGACAACUACUGGAUUGUGGCGCAGACUCUCGAGGAAGGCGUGGACCACAAGGCUGAAGCCAUCUUCAGAUACGAAGGCGCUGCUGAAACAGAACCAACUACUUUCAGAAGAACAUGCUCAGCUUCCAGUCCAUGUCGUGUCAUCAACUGCCCCUUCACAUACUACCCGCUACCGCACACAGAGUGCCUCCGGUUCGACCAGCUUAGAUCUUUGACUGAAGAUCCUGCUCCUCCAGUGACAGCUGGGAAGUUCAAGGAGCAUUUCUUCAACUACGCCUUCCCUGGUCUAACACUAUAUCCGGGUCAGGUGAACGGCCGGGCCUUCACGAUGCCAACUGUUUCUGCUCUGACCCAGCUGGAUGAGAUUCACACAACCUGUGACAAGGCAGACUGUGGCGACGAAAAGACGUGCCACUGCACCUACAAGGUGGAUCUGACAUACGGAGACACUAUUCAGAUGGUCCUCCUCAACAUGGGCAACGGGAAGGGUUGGUCUCAUCCAGUUCAUCUUCAUGGCCAUUCCUUCUACGUGUUGAAGAUGGGCUAUGCACAAUACAACGCCUCCACCGGAAAGAUCAUAGGCGAUAACAUGGAUAUUGAUUGUCACAACAUCAGCCACAACUUCUGUAAUUCGGCAACGUGGGCAAACGCGUCGUGGACGGGGGAUAACAUUCCGGGUCUGGAGCUGAAGAACCCCCCGCGGAAGGAUACCAUUAUAGUUCCAACUGGUGGUUAUGCGGUUGUGAGAAUCCGAGCUAACAACCCUGGCGUGUGGUUCAUGCAUUGCCACAUUGAAUUGCACAGUGCUGACGGGAUGGCCAUGAUGAUCAACGAAGCUCAGGACAAGCAUCCUGCACCACCGGAUGACUUCCCGAAAUGCGGGAAUUUCGGACCUAAAAUUACGUACAACAACCACAAUAAAAAAGACGAAAAAGAGAAGGAAAACAAGGAAGAAAAUAAAAUGGUGUACCAGCAUGACGUGUUCUGGACCGUGGUUGGCUGUCUGCUCGGGAUCUGUGCCCUCCAGUUCAUCAUCCUUUUGUGUAUAUGCUGCCGGCGAUGCGAGGGGUCCGGUCGGGAGAAAUACAACAUGGAGUCAACAUAUACCUCAAACCCACAGGAGAACAAAGCAUUCCAAAAGUAUUAACAGUGAACGUCAGGAAUUCAGGAAUUGGUAAUCCACGAAAUCACCAGAUCAUGUUCCCUUCUGACGCAGCUUACCCGAAAGUAAAACAUAAAGUAUAAAGUUGUUAGGUCAUGUCGUACACUGAUGAGUAGAGGAAACUUUUCUACCCUGUAGAUUUUAACACAUGUCCGAUUUUAAAUUGAAAAUUUACUAAGUCAGGGAUAUCCAAAAUAUGUACUGUAUUUGCGCAUAGUCAGCAAUCAAAAAUGCGUUUCAUUGAAAACCUUUAUAAAUGGUGGGGAAAUCAUGAUACCAAACUACGGAUGGGUAUCUGUGACAUCAUAUUUUAAAUCGAUACAUUUGGGGUCAUCAAUAAGCAUAUUCAACUUUCAAAUACAUAAAACAAGAUCUCACUACACUUUCUUUAGUCCCCGCUCUGUUUUGGACAGUGUAAUUUCGUUAGUCAAGUAAGAGUUUCGGUCAUUCACUUAAACCAAGCAAUUUGUGUUCAGGGUGAGAAUAAUCAAAACUAUGUUAUUACUGUAACGGGAGCAUGCCCAGUUUUGUUCUGUUAGUGGCACGAAGUGUUUUUCUUUCAAACAAAGAAUUAAUUCAAGAACACCUCCGCUCUCUGUCAUAGAACUAUGCCAUGGCAGUACAUUCAAUCCGUUGGCAGGAUGACUGAUAAAUUUACAUUUACCGAAUUUCAUAGUUUGUAAGUAAACUAUAGCAUCAUUUUUGAGGUACUGUCGAUAUUCCGUUCACUGUUGCAGGAACGAUGUUUCCUAUGAUUGUCUAAUCAAGCCGUUGUCGUUCAUUCAUUAUGAGACAUAUAUCCUAUAUGAAACUUUAAUUGUUAGCUAUAUACUCGGCCGAAUAUAUAUUAACAAAGUAAUAACCAAUUAUCAUACGUUUUACCUGUUGUUUUGGCGAGUGCUGAUUUUAAAGUGUAUAUUUUUCAUA